CCAACUUGUGUCAAGGACGAUUAUUCAAUAUGGCCGCUGUGUACAACAGCAGUUACGAAGUGCGCGCAUCGACUCUAUUAUUCUCGCGCAACGUAUUCUACUUUACGAAAAUAUUUUUUUCUUUUUGAACUCUCGUACGAAUAUCGUUUUGACGAUUCAUCGAAGUACGCACCGGCUGAGCGAUAUUAUAAUAGGGCUGUUCUUUUUUGUUUUUUAUUUUUCAACAAGUUAGCACGAAAUGUGGACGAUGCGCAACAUCGAUCGUAGCGCCAAAACAACACUGUCAUUCUCGUGACAGUUGUCACGAUUUAUUUACCUACCUCACAUCUUACAUUUAUUAAUAAUCUGGCACUUUAGCGACCUUGAAAAAUAAUUGAAUAUUGUGCUUCGGUGUCAUCAAAGAUAUUGUAUCUACGUCGAAACCAAAAUUUUCGCUCAUAAAUAUUGCGAUUGAAUUUUGCGAUACAUACGUGGCAUAAUGCUGGACAAUACGAACUUUUUAUUGAAUAUACAAAAUCGAUUGAAAAACUAUUUCAUUAUUUAGCACGCUAUGUGUUAAAACAAACCGUUUUAUUACGGAGUUAAAAAUUUUUAAUAUCCGUAUGAAUAAAGGAAGGAGUGUAAGGAAACGACGAAGAUGGGUAAUUCUAUGACAGCUCAUUAUGAAACCGCCCAGAAAACUGGUGCACUUACGCUCACUCGUGCUAAAUUGAAAAAGCUUCCACCGACUAUACACGAACUUGCCAAGCAUUUGCGGACUCUCGAUCUGUCCGAAAAUCAUUUCGUCAAACUGCCUGAUGAAAUAGGCAAUUUUACGCUUCUGAAACAGCUGAACAUAAGUCAGAACAAAGUGACGAGUCUGCCCGAAGUUCUUGGAGCACUUAACAAACUUGAGAGUCUCAACGCCAGCUCUAAUCACAUUUACUCCCUACCCGAGUCCCUCUCUCGUUUGGCACAUCUCAAACAAAUCAAUCUCUCCGACAAUCAAAUUACCGAAUUUCCUCUCAUGUUGUGCGGCCUCAAACACCUGGAUUUACUCGACAUUUCCAAAAACAAAUUGACUUGUGUUCCCGAUGCUGUCUCUGGACUCUACGUCGUCGAACUGAACCUGAACCAAAACCAAAUUUCUGCUGUUUCUGAUAAGCUCGCCGAUUGUCCAAGGUUGAAAACUCUGAGGCUGGAAGAAAAUUGUCUACAGAUCAAUGCUUUGCCUGUCAGAAUACUGAAAGAUUCUAAAGUCGCAACGUUGGCUCUCGAUGGCAAUCUCUUUGAGAUUAAAAAACUAGCUGAUGUCGAAGGAUAUGACGCCUACAUGGAGCGAUACACUGCUGUUAAAAAAAAAUUAUUCUAAGCACUUUUCUUAAACUCUGUAAAAAGAACAAAGGUGUCUCGUUAAUUGUGGUCAGAGCCAACGGUUUAAAGAGUCAAACUGUACGAGAUUCAAAGGGAAUUGUAAAUACUGUUCUAGAGCAUAAUACAUUUUCUGCUUCGAGAUCAGUUUCGUGAACAAACACACUUUUUUCAAUAAUAAUGCACAGCAAGCAAUCAAGAUAAUCUUUGCUGACAUCGUUUUUACUGAUUCCUAUAUUAUACGCGAAUUUUUCCAUGUCAAAAGCAUCACAAGUAUCACAAGCAUAAUGUUAUCAAGCAUAAUGUUAUCAAGCAUGUUAUUUAUCUGUGUAUUAUAUGUAUAUCCCACCAAGAAAGUCUGAUGAAAUGAUAAAGAAUAUUGGAAAGUGUACCAUAUGUUGAUUAUUGUAAUAAAUCUGGUAUUUUUA